AUGGCCAUCGAGCUCUCAUUCCCGUCGCCCCACGAGGGCCAGGACGGGGCCAACACCCGGGAAUGCCUCAUCUACUUCCUCACGGGCAACCCAGGCCUGAUCGACUACUAUGAGCCCUUCCUGCGGUACCUGCGCACGCAUCUUGACGCCAUCGAGGUCAAGAGGAAACACAAGGUAGCCUUCCACGUCUACGGCCGCAACCUCGCCGGCUUCGACGACGCAGACCACGACCGGCCCUUCAACUCAAGCGACAACCCGCCCCACAACGUCGAGCAGCAGCUGCAGUCGUGCAUGAAGCACCUCGUCGCCGCCAACGCCAUCCCCGCCGGCCGGCCGCGCGCGGGCCAGCCCUUCGACGACGUCGUGCUCGUCGGCCACUCGCUCGGCACGUACCUCGCGCUGGAGCUGUUCCACCGGCACCUGCACGACCCGUCCCUGGCGCCGCAGCUGGCCCUGCGCUCCGGGGUCAUGCUCUUCGCCACCGUCGCCCACAUCGCCAAGUCCAAGAACGGCGUGCAGAUGGACCUGGUGCGGCGCACGCCCGUGCUGGGCCGCUACGUGCCGUUUGUCGCGCGCGGCCUCCUCUCGCUGCUGCCCACGGCGCUGAUCCGCUUCAUCACGUCGCGCGUGCUGCGCAUGGACCCUCAUGCUGCGGCAACCACGACGCGGGUCCUGACCAGCCGCGAUGGGGUCCACCAGAUGCUGUAUCUGGCGAUGGAUGAGAUGGUUGUCAUUUCUCAGGAGACCUGGGCCGAGGAACUGUGGGAGAUUGGUGAAGAGGCUGUGGCGCACUCAAGUGAUGUGCCCAAGUUCUUCUUCUUUUUUGGCAAGAAUGACCACUGGGUUGCCAACAAGUACCGGGACCAGUUCAUUGACAAGAGGGAGGAGCAUGCGUCGCGGGAGGCGGCGCCGAAGCACAAGAGAGCCCGGACAAGGAUCGAGAUUGACGAGGGAGAUUUGCCACACGACUUUUGCGUCAAAACAAGGGACGCCGAGACUGUGGCUGACAAGGUGGCCGUCUGGUUUGACGAGAUAGCCGAGCAUCUGUAA